AUGCUUUCGAGUGUGCACAGCCGGCGCCAGCCGUUCAGGCGCCACGCAAUCAGACGCCUGACGUGCGGGGUUGUGAUUUGGGCAUCGAAACUCCUGGACCUGAGUGACAACAGCAGCAGCGAUCUUCGAGCUUCAACCCCCCAAUCGAGAUUUCGUGCUAAGUACUACGACAGUUUUCCACGUCUUUGGGCGAUGCGCCUGCUGGAACGCGACGACACAGGCGUGAUCCGCCUAACAGAGGAUCUUAUCGACAAAAUUCCGCCGUACGCGAUACUUUCGCACACAUGGGGUAACGAAGAGGUCCUCUUCAGCGACUUGAUGAACGGUACAGGGAAGAACAAGGCUGGCUAUGCUAAGAUUCAGUUUUGCGGAGAUCAGGCUUCUCGAGAUGGGUUGAAGUUCUUUUGGGUCGACACAUGCUGCAUCGACAAGUCAAGCAGUGCCGAGCUACAGGAGGCGAUCAACUCUAUGUUUCGGUGGUACCGUAAUGCGGCUAAAUGCUACGCCUAUUUGGUGGACGUCUCGACCCCUGUUCUUGGCAUUGACGAUAACUCCGUCUGGGAAGCGACUUUUCGAGCGAGUAGGUGGUUCACCCGCGGGUGGACUCUCCAAGAGCUCAUUGCUCCGGGAUCAGUCGAAUUCUUCUCCAAAGAGGAAUUGCGUCUUGGAGACAAGAGGUCUCUGGAGCGAGUUAUUCAUAACAUGACGGGGAUUCCUUUCGAGGCCCUCCGAUGCGGCCGUCUGUCUGAUUUCAGUGUCCAUAACCGAAUGGCAUGGAUUGAGAAACGCAAUACAACACGCGAAGAAGAUAGGGCAUACUCGCUUUUCGGCAUCUUCGACGUCCAGCUGCCACUUCUGUACGGCGAAGGAGAAGAUAAAGCAUUUCGACGGCUGCGAGAGGAGAUUAUUAAAGUUUCAAGGAGUGAACCAACGUUGGAUGAGGCCGACACCCGCUGUCUGGCCGACUUACGUGUCACUGACCCCCGCCACGACAAGGGGCGUAUCGAAACCGCAAAGGGUGGACUCCUGAAAGACGCGUACCGCUGGGUUCUCAGCAACGUCGAAUUCCAACAAUGGCGCGACGGCGAAGAAAGCCGGCUCCUCUGGAUAAAAGGUGACCCCGCGAACAACCAGCCCUCAUCUCACAUGUACGGGACAGUAUAA